AUGGAGAGUUAUGAAUUUGUGUUUGUGAUGCAUUUGAUGAAAUCUUUAUUGGGAAUCACAAAUGAAUUGUCACUUGCCUUACAACAAAAGGAUCAAAACAUUGUACUGGCUGUCAGUUUGAUCAAGACAAUGAAAGUUCGAUUACAAAAAUUGAGAGAGGAAGGAUGGGAGAAUUUUUUGGACGUCGUCAACAAAUUUUGUAGUAAUCAUAUGAUCCUAGUACCGAAUAUGGAAGAAAAUAUGAGAACUCGUGGUCGCAGCAGACGUAAUGGACAAAUGAUUACUAAUUUUCAUCACUAUCGUGUUGAAAUUUUUUGUCAGGUUCUUGAUAUGAUGGUUCAAGAGAUGAGUAAUCAGUUUUCAGAAUCAAGUACGAAGCUACUCCACCUUGCUGAACUUUAUCCGGAGGACUUUUCAUUGACUGAUCGUGCAAUACUUGAGGACCAACUUGAGACUUACAUUCAAAAUGUACGAGGUGAAUUUUCUAUGAUUGAAGAUUUGGGAAGUCUUGCUAAAAAGAUGGUUGAAACGGGAAAGAAUACAAUUUUUCCAUUGAUAUAUUGUUUGAUCGAGUUAGCAUUAGUUUUACCAGUUGCAACUGCUUCUGUUGAAAGAGUUUUUUCUGCUAUGAAAAUUAUCAAGACUGAUUUACGUAAUAGGAUGGGGGAUGAGUGGAUGAAUGACAGUUUGGUAAUAUACAUUGAGAAGGAUAUUUUUGCUACAAUUGAAAAUGAACAAAUUUUACAGCAUUUUCAACAGAUGAGCACUCGUAGGAUCCAGUUGCCUCCUCUUGUUUGUAUGUCUAGAUCUGAUGUUGGUGGUUCAAGUAUUAAAAAAUAA